ACCAAGAAGCAUGGGUAAAGGCGACCCGUGUGGCGUGUGUGGCGAGACGAGGACGCGGCUGGUGGACGGGUUCUUCUACUGCGUGGAGUGCGGCACGCAGGACACAAACGUGCAGGAGACCGUGGUGGAGCACCAGGCGCUGGCCGACGGCACGUUCGCCAUCGCACGCCGCUCCCGGUACGCCGUCAAGAUCAAGGAGGGUGUGGAAAUGAGCCCGGAGUGGUACAAGUGGCACAAGUCCAACUUCCUUCUGGCCGGGCUGACGGAGCUGCUCAUCGAGCUUGGAGCGGCCCCGAGUGUGCGCAUGAAGGUGCUGUGGAUCUGGAGCCGCUACAUCAAGAUGUUCCAGAAAAGGGAGGCAAUGGGCCCCAGUCAAGUCCUCAAGCAGCUGGAGGUGGGUUCCUCCUCCUCCUGCAGCGAGGCGGAGGAGGAGGAGGCGGAGGGCGAGGAGCUCGGGCCCCGCACCCUCCACGCCAAGACCCUCCGGGUCGACCGCGUCACCAACUACGUGGUGGUCGCCAUACUGGCGCUGGCGCUCAACUUCGACCGCAGCCCCAUCCUGGUGUCGCAGUUCCUGCGCUUCCUGCGCUGGCGGCUGCUGCCCGUCGCCGACAAGUUCCGCUUCGUGCCCGCGGAGGUGCUGGACAAGCUGCGCGGCCGGCGCGCCAGGCAGCUCACCGCCAUGCCCCUAGACAGCGGGGCAUUGACGGUGUUCCACUACCUCCCUGUCAUGAUGUGUCGCGUGAGCAGGCUGCUGGCGCUGGGCGGGCCGCUGACGCCGGACGUGGACGGCGUGGUGCAGGCGCAGCUGCGCGAGCUGCGCCUGCCGCGCGCGCUGGCGGCGCUCGUGCGCGCGCUCAUGGACGUAGCCCCCGUGCCGUUCAAGGCUCAACCGAAACCGACGACGAAGGAGAAAUUGGGAGGAGACCACUUCCCCGACUACGAGACGACGGUGAUGGCGUACAUCGUGGUGGCGCUCAAGAUGUGCUUCGGCCUCGACGACGACUACGAGCGGCGGCUCUCCGACGCCGUGGAGCUGAUCAACGAGGAGGCCGCGCACCCUCUUGCGUACAGCUCGGACCCCUCGCCGACGGGGCGGCUGUUCAGCUUCCUCUCGUGGGCGGCGCACGUGCGGCUGCGCGCUGCGCUGGCCGCGCGCCACGCCGCGCCGCUCGCCUGGGCGCGCGCCCACCGCGCCGCCGGGGACGCCGCCAUGGAGCACUUCCCCGAGUUCACCAGCGAGAGGCGACCGCACCCCGACAAGACUAUCAAGAAGGGCGCCAAAGCGAGGCUAACCGACCAAGUCACCAUGGAGAUAUUAGACAGGAUCCCCAAGCGGUACGAAGUCGGCGUCCUGUCCCUCGACGAACUCAGACCGGCCAUGGCCUCGAGGGAACCUCAGACUGCGAUAGCGAGAGCUAUAGGACACCUCCUGCCCGCCGAGCGGAGGAAACUCCUCGAUGAGGACUUCACGCAAUACUCCCUCGAGUACGCGUACAGACACCUCGCGCUCCCCACCUCCCGGCCCUCCCAGCACAAGAAGCUAUUCCGCGGCGUCAAAGUGAACGAUGGUUGCGGACGACUCCUCGGCGACGCCGUGUACACCAGCCUCGCCGACACCACCACCGUCUACGUCAAGAACUGCUCCAACCGGAACUGGGCGAGGGCGAGGCGCCCGACCGCCGCCCACGUGCUCGGGGACAGCGACGCCGGGUACGACUCCCGAGAGACUGAAGAGGAGAAAGAGAAAGAAAACUUAGAGACCUUUUUGGAAGAGGACGAAGCCAGAAAUAUUUUUGACGAUGAUUUUUCUGAUAUACCGAUCAAAGACGAGAAACCUGAUUCGAAGGAUGACAUAAACUUCGACGAGACUAAACAUAAUAUAAAUUGGGGCGAUGAUAUUGACAACUUUGGGAACGCCGGCGUCGAAAAUGACGCCGACGAAUGCGGCAUAUUCGACAGCGACGACGAGGUCGAGCCGCAGUUCGACCCCGACACCUUCAACAGGAAGGAGGUCAUCAAAGAAAUGAUGGCGGCCGCCUAUAGGAACUGCCACAUGGCAGUACCGGCGCGAUAUCUAGCUCUGGGUGAAAACCCGACGAAAAAGAUGAAGAAAACGUACCCUAGUGCGGCCCCGAUCCGGGAGUACGUUUACGGUAUCGGAACCCAGUACUGGGCCAACAAGCUCAAGAAGCAGGAAGCUGCGGCCAAGGUUGAGGACCUCGUGGCCACCUACAGGGGCAACUUGCACAACGACGUGUUACACCAGGUGGAGGAACAAGUGCGCGCGUUUACGAACGCGAACGAGAGUGCUGACGUCAUCGAGCCCGCGUCCGAGCUCGCGGACCCUAGCUGCCACGCGGACGGAAACGCCGUGGAAGACCAAGACGUGGACGAGUCUAGAGACGUGGAAUUUAUUGAAAAUGAAGCCAAAAAUUAUAUAAGUAGCGACGAAGACUCGUGUGAAGAGCACGCCUACGACCCUGUUCUUAAAAACGAUGCUAACUUUGAUGAAAAAACGCACGACGUCGAGCAGUUGUACGUGAAGCUGAAGGAGCUCCCGCCGGAGGCCGAGCGAGCCGCGAGUCCGGCGCCCGACGACCACCUCACCGCCAUCAUCGACCAAACCAUCCGCCAGAUGAAACAUCGGAAAAUAAAGAAAAAGGAGGUAAUGAUCACAAAGACCGAUAUCAAUCACCUGGUGGACGAUCCGAAACGUAUCACCAGAUUUAAUUACUGGUUCACGAUAUUAUUUGCAAGACCUAAAGACAACAAACAUUUCCUGAAGUCAGACCGGAGAUUGGAGAAAGAGUUUGAGGAGAAUUCGUCGCGCAGCUUCUGGUUCGUGCUGAAGGAGUGCUCCGCCGUGUUGGACAUGUCGCCGUUGCGCCUCUACCGCCUCGUCGCCGCCAUCGAGAAACAGAUGCUCAAACUACUGCCCAAAAAGCAAAGAAAAGGAAAUGAACCCAAGAAAAUGGGAAGACCCCCCUUACACAAGCCUCGUUUAGACGAGUACCCCAAUAAGAAACGCGGGAGACCUCGCAAACACAUGGACAAGAAUCUUUCAGGAGAAAGUGGCUUACACUGUAGACCAGAUCUUAGACUCCACAAAGACUUAAAAAAUGCAAGCGCCUCUCAGAGUCAGCACCGGCCAAGGAAACUAGGAGGACAGCGCAAAACCUUGGAUGGCAACCUUUCAGAAACUAGCGACUCCCAGGAGUGGAUACCUGAAACACUCAGCGAGGACUCUGAAGAAUCAAGCACCUCGGAAGAUCAGGACCAGCCAAGGAAACGAGGAAGACCCCGAAAACCCCUGGACAAAAAUACUUCAGAAAACAACAAUAACUCACAAAGGUCCAGCAAACACUUAAAAGAGUCCAGCACC